CACUGGUGAGCAGAGAUGGAAUUGCGAACUACUGCCGUUACUGACUUCAAUAUGGAUAAAGAUCGCCCCCCUGUCUGCCCCACAGCCAACACGACAUCACAGAAGCACAAGAACUUCGUGGUGGAGCCCAUGAAGGAGAAGUCUGUGAAGGAACUGGCGGGUAUCGGCCUGGUCCUGGGAGGAAGGCUGGAGGAGAAAGGCUUCACCAAGGCUAAAGAUGUCCUGGGCCAGUUCCUACUCUUGAAGCAGGAUAAAGUCGCCUUUAAGUGCUGGAUGAGGCAAGCGUGCUUUGCGGGUAACAGGCAAUCCGAAGACUGUUACCGCUGCCUGAGAGAGUGGUGUGACGCCUUCCUUUAAAA